AAAUAGUUGUUUAUGUGUCAACGGAACUCCGUAAAUUGCAUUUUUUCCAUUUUCUUAGAGAUUUUAAACUAUUAUUUAAGGAUGCCUCCAAUAAAGGUGACUUCUACGACAGGCGACGUAAACGACGGUGACGUUUCUGGGGCGGAAUCCGAACACUCGAAUACAAGCCACGAAAAUGAUGGGGGCAGAGACUCCAGUGAAGAUGAGGCCGAUUCCGACGACAGUUCAGAGAUGGACGAAGGGGAGUGUGAGAGUAGAAGAAAUGAACUACUCCAACAUGUGCAUGAUUUAGAAGAUCAAUUUGGCCACCUUAGAGAACAAUUAUACAAGGAACGUAUGACUCAGGUGGAACAUCAACUCUCGGAAGUGAAAGCUGGUAGAUCAUUGGAUUACAUUGUUCCUUUAACAGAAUUACAAGACAAUAUGCGAAUUCGAACGGAGGUCGCGGGAAUAUUGCGAAAUCUUAAACUAGAAAAUAUUAAAAACCAAUAUGAAGCUGAAGAACAAGCUGCUUUACAAAAUUUUGAAAGUGAAAAAGCUCUAGCUAAAGACUUUUAUCAUAUGGAACUGUUGGAGACUAUAAGAAAACUGGAGGAAGAUAGACAAAACAGUGAGAUCACUUGGGGUGAAGGUGGUGAAUGGGGCAUGAGGUCAAGGCAAAGACCAAACAAGAGGAAAGCAGUCACUGUUUCAGGGCCUUAUAUUAUUUAUAUGCUGAAACCACAAGAUAUUUUGGAGGACUGGACUAUCAUAAGAAAAGCUUUGAAGAGGAAUUCUUGAUCAGAACUAAUUUGGAAGGGAUUGUAGUGUUUUAAAGUGCUGAUCAGAAUUGUUUUGGAUGUGAGAUUUUAUUUUAUGUACAAGUUACAGUGCAUUUGUGUGUAAGACUUUUUUGUACAUAAUUUUGUAAGAUUAAAAAGUUUUUGUUUUAAUAUGGCUAAAUAAUGGCUGUUAUGUUGUACAAGUACAAGGUGUGUUUUUAGAAUGCCUGUGUAAAAAUAUGUUGAAAACAUAUUAAAAAGAAUAUAAUUUUUGUUAA